AUGGAGCUAGAAUCUCGACCUAUUGAUGUUAGCCACCACUGUGGUCUUCUCAUACCAAGUAUCAAGCCUCUGGAGAUCAGCAACGAGGACACGCUAUGUCGGGCAUCUCUGGCAGGGCGGCAUGCAAAGCUGUAUGUUGCCGCAGAUCUAAGCCCGGCGGAAGAUGCGUUGAAGAAAGCAACGCUCGAUGUGGCGUCCGUCAUGAAGUGCUUCCCAGCCGUGACAAGCGAAGCAAUCAUACUGGCCAUGGCUGCUUGGUACACCACGCUUUGUCACAUUGACGACGCUGUCGAGAAUUUGGAGUCUGAGGCUGCGCAGCUGGCAUUGGCACAUGCAAUUUACAUUCUGCGGAAUGCAUCGUGGUGCAAUCCACCAAUGCCAGGGGAGACGAAUCAUGAAGGAGACACUCAGGACAUGUUCAUGGCCCGCGUGCUGAGCGCCACGGUAGCGUACUGCUCACGCCUACAAGACCUACUUCCUUGCACUGUUCAAUCUAAGCUUCGGGCGGCCUCAAUCGACACAUUAGAUGCCCUGGCCUUGGAGCACAAGUGGCGCCACAGAAGCUCGAUCAACGAGUCUGCAUAUCUAUCGAUCCGAACCAAGACCAUUGGCGUGACUCCUUUCUUCCUUCUGGUCCGAUACAACUUCGAUCACGAUUCCAGCUUCCUCACGCAGAACGUAGAGCUAGAGAGCCUGAUGUCCGACGCUGAACUCGCCAUUGGGCUUCAAAACGACCUGAUCGGCCUGAGCCGCGACAUCGAGAAGGGGGAGCGAUUCAACUACAUCCUGCGUCUCGAAAGCCCAAGUCUUGACGAGAGAGAAGCCAGAACGCUCAAAGCCGUCAACAUACACAAUAAUGCCAUUCGUAGCGCUACAGCUACCUGGGAGAACCUCAAAGCUGGAUCAGGUGCCAGCGCCCAGGCUUGUGCCGACAGCCUCAUGAAAUUUGUCGAAAGACACUAUCUAUGGGCGUCAACCUCAAAGCGAUACCAAUGCCACCCGUCGGGGCACCGACAGUUACCCCAAAAGUCCAGGCUAAGCUUGCUCGUGAUGCGAGCACUCCUGGCGAAGUCAUCUAUGCGUAAGAAUUUGGGGCUCGAUGUGCACUACCCCGACAAUGGUCGGAGGAAGCGUAAAGCAUCGCUACAAGAGUGGACGAUACGGAUGGAGCUGAAACAAGCCAUGAAGUCAACGAAAGAGACGAGUCUUGCUUCCUGA